AUGGGCAUCCAUGCUGUUAGCGUCAUGCUAGAGGCUCUCAACAGAGAUGCCCAACAUGCUACUAUCGCCAAGUUCAUUCAAAAUGAACUUGACGCAGAACGCGAGAAAGUAGCCUUGCUUCACCAACAAGGUUCUCAACAACCAGAGUUGUUGAGAGAACAGGGUGCUCAACAGUUUGAACUGUUGAGACAGCAGCAGGCUGCUGCUGGCGGGUCGAUGCACUCGCGUCGACCCGAGACUUUAUAG